AUGUGCGAGACGUCUGCAUUGCGGUGGGACAUCCAUGGUGGGGUGCACAAGUACAUCACAGAACUUAAAGUCAGGGUUGGAUAUUGUAGGACAGACAACUCUCUAGACACGCUGCGCUCCCAAGCUGCGCACUCAGUCCUGGACUCAUGGAAUUCCACUUUCCAGGAUCCAACUUACUGGGGCUCUGAAUUCUUAGAGCUUCAACAGCCUGACGGGCGGCCGCUACAGCCAUCGUACCUUAAUGGGGGACCUUGGCUUUCAACCUUCGGACACAGUAUUACUGAGUUUGCUCACGUUAGCUGGUGUAUAACCGGCCAUGCGCCCAUUGGAGCAUACUACCAACACUUCAAGGUCAACGAGCCUCACGGCUGCACUUGCGGGGCUGCAUUGCAGUCUUGCCAGCAUGUCCUCUUUCGCUGCCGCGAUCGAUGUUCUGUACACUACCCCCAUUUUCUCAGGGAUAUUGCAUUGUUUUUGAAGCACAACCCUAUGGCGUUUGGCUUCAGCCAGGACCCAUCAGGUGUCAGAUAA